AUGAUCCCGUUGGGAGCUCUGGUACUUUGCUGGGCCGCUGGCAAGUCACUUGCCGAGCCUAUGCCAGUGAUCAAGAACAGCGACACAAUUGAGGAGUAUUUGAGCAGGUAUGGCAUCUCUGUCGAAGAGCACUUCGUACACACAGACGAUGGGUACAUAUUGAGAGCCUUUCGUCUUCCGCGACCUUCGAGUCCUGUGGUUCUAUUGCAGCAUGGCAUCCUGGCAUCCGCAUGGUGCUGGCUCGUGAACACCGUCGACAAAUCGCUUGCCAUCCUGCUGUGGCAAAUGGGCUACGAUGUGUGGUUGCCAAACAGUCGUGGAAACACUUUUAGCCGAAACCACACCACGCUAAAGCCGUUCUUGAACAAGGAGUUUUGGAAUUUCACUUUCGAUGAGAUGGCGACUUUCGAUGUUGUAGCAAACGUCAGAUACGUGCUGAAUGUUUCUUCGCAGCAGAAGCUGACCUUCAUCGGUUGGUCCCAAGGCACUACGCAGAUGUUUAUAGCUGCUCAGGCCCAGCACAAGGAAUAUCUGGACAUGCAUGUGAACCUAUUUGUUGCCCUGUCUCCUGUGUCCUAUCUCAAGCAUCAAACGUCGACUUUGUUGGCCGUGGCGAAGGAUUUCCGACUUGGGCAGAUACUGGAGUAUGCUUUUCCUUACGAUGUUUUUACCUGGUCCGAGCUACCUACCAUCGGAUCGUUGCUGUGCAAGGUUACGUUCGGAAAGCUUUGCACUCUUACUAUCGAUGUAGUUUGUGGCAGUUCGCCGCAUGACAGUGAGAAGGCCAUCGCCAACUUGGCAGCUCACUUCCCAGCAGGAACCAGUGUCAAGGACUUUGAUCACUACGAGCAGUUUCUGAUAUCUGAUAGGUUCGGACGUUUCGACUAUGGACGAGCCGAGAAUGUGAAACACUAUGGGGUGCCGGAUCCUCCGUCGUACAACGUAUCUGCCAUUGGGAUGCCUUUGGCACUCUUCCGGGGCUCUGCAGACACGCUGGCAGAUCCGUUGGACGUCCACCACUUGUCAAACGACUUGAAGGACAAUGAGAAUGUGGUCUUCUCAAAGGAGUAUGCCGGCUACUCGCAUGUGACGUGGAUGGUGGGUGUGGACGACGAGUGGAUUCUUGACCUGAAGAACUUGCUGGAAGUCUUUAAUCCGAUCAUGCCUCGCAUCAUUGUGUGA